AUCUUUUUCUAGUAGUAGUAUUAACAGGGUUAAGGGUGAUGAUCCACAAUUCCCCACACUCAAAAUCACCCAACCGUGCUUGUAAUUUCCCGGUUACUGACCUUCCCACUCAUCGCAUCCUUCACCCCUUUCCAUUUAUUAGGGUUCUCUGUUCCGAUCGAGGUUUUUGCAGAUGUUGAAACGUUCAGGGUUCCGUGCCUUUGGUGGCAAUGUGUUGAAUCAUUGUUGCAUUGGUUGAUUUCCUUUUCCCUCUUCUAAAUGCCAGUUUGAAUCUUUUCAUUCUUGCCCUCAAAACCCACCUACCGUUCUCUGACACGUUGCCACGUCGUUUUCUUUGGAAGCUUUGGACGUUGGUUUGCUUUCAAGUUUUGGUUUUGUUUAUGGGUUUUUUGAGGGGAUUGUUGUAGAAUACAUUGUUUUUCUUUUCCCUUUUUUUUUUUCCUGAAGAUGAUGAAGAGACUGAAGAGUGAAGCUCCCAAUUCGAGGAGGUUUAGGUUGUCUCAUUUUUUGUUUGGUGUUGUGGUGUUGUACUUGGUUUUUAUAUCGUGUAAUUUUUCACAGUUUAUGAAAAUUGUAUCAUCGUUAAGUGGGGAUGAGAGUUACGAGGGUUUGGAUAGGAUAGCUAUUGGGGACACUGAAGAUGCAGAUUUAAGCAAACCCUUUGUUAGUUCUGUUUAUAAAGAUGCAUUUCAUCGAAGGUUAGAAGAUAAUAGGGACCAGGAUGCUCCGUUGAGGCCAAACAAGGAACCAAUGAAGGAGGAAGAUCAUGCUAAUGAAUCUAUGAAGCAGAUUCCACAGGGAUAUGGUAGGAUUACCGGGGCAAUCUUGCGGCAAAGGAAUAGAACUGGUGAUUUGUCUGUGCUUGAGAGAAUGGCAGAUGAGGCAUGGACAUUGGGGUUGAAGGCUUGGAGUGAAUUAGACAGGGUUGAUGAGGUGGAGGAUGGAGAAAGUUCUGUUAUUGAAGGAAAGCCCGAGUCAUGUCCUUCUUGGAUAUCAUUAGGUGGGGAAGAUUUGUUGAAAGGGGAUGGUUUGAUGUUCCUUCCUUGUGGUCUUGCUGCUGGUUCUUCAAUCACUUUGGUGGGGACACCCCAUUAUGCUCAUAAGGAAUAUGUUUCCAUGCUUGGCAAGUUGAAGAGAGGCAGUGGGUUGGUUUCGGUUUCACAGUUUGUGGUUGAGUUACAAGGGCUAAAGUCAGUGGAAGGGGAGGAUCCUCCUAGGAUUCUUCACUUGAAUCCUCGAUUAAGAGGGGAUUGGAGCAAACGACCAGUUAUUGAACAUAAUACGUGUUAUCGUAUGCACUGGGGAACAGCUCAAAGAUGUGAUGGUUUGGCAUCUGAGGAUGAUGAAUCAAUGCGUGUUGAUGGGUAUAGACGAUGUGAAAAAUGGAUGCGGAAUGACAUUGUAGACUCAAAAGAGUCCAAGACAACAUCAUGGUUCAAGCGGUUUAUAGGGCGUGAGCAGAAGCCAGAAGUGACCUGGCCAUUUCCUUUUACAGAGGGUAGAAUGUUUGUCCUUACACUGCGUGCUGGUGUUGAUGGAUACCAUAUUAAUGUUGGGGGUCGUCAUAUGACUUCAUUUCCAUAUCGGACAGGUUUUACACUUGAAGAUGCUACAGGAUUGGCAGUUAAAGGGGACCUUGAUGUUCAUUCAAUAUUUGCUACUUCUCUCCCUACUUCGCAUCCAAGUUUCUCACCUCAAAGAGUACUUGAAAUGUCAGAGACCUGGAAAGCUGGGGCCCUACCUAAACAUGCUGUAAGACUUUUUAUUGGAGUUCUUUCUGCUUCAAAUCACUUUGCAGAGCGUAUGGCAGUUCGAAAAACAUGGAUGCAAGCAUCUGCAAUCAAGUCUUCAGAUGUAGUAGUACGAUUCUUUGUUGCGUUGAAUCCAAGGAAGGAAGUAAAUGCAGUGCUGAGGAAGGAAGCUGCUUUCUUUGGUGAUAUUGUCAUUUUGCCCUUUAUGGACCGCUAUGAGCUUGUUGUGCUUAAAACCAUGGCUAUCUGUGAGUUUGGGAUUCAAAAUGUGACUGCUGCAUAUAUCAUGAAAUGUGAUGAUGACACUUUUAUCAGGGUGGAUACGGUCUUAAAAGAAAUUGAAGCUGCACCCCAGAAAAAGUCCCUCUAUAUGGGCAAUCUCAAUCUCUUGCAUCGGCCUCUGAGAAAUGGCAAAUGGGCUGUUACUUUUGAGGAGUGGCCUGAAGAAGUAUAUCCUCCUUAUGCAAAUGGCCCUGCGUACAUAAUUUCAAGAGAUAUUGUUACUUUCAUCAUAUCUCAACACAAGGAGAGGAAGCUGAGGCUCUUUAAAAUGGAGGAUGUAAGCAUGGGAAUGUGGGUUGAGAGAUUUAACAAUACUGUGGCAGCUGUUCAGUACUCCCACAACUGGAAGUUUUGUCAAUAUGGAUGCAUGGAGGGCUAUUUCACUGCACAUUAUCAGUCACCAAGGCAAAUGGUCUGUCUUUGGGACAAAUUGUCAAGAGGUCGUGCAAGAUGUUGUAACUUUAGAUGACAAUUUGCAAUUACCUUUGUAUCAUUGUCCACUCUCAAACUUGGUUCACAUAGAUUAGUAUUUGUUGAAAAUUCGCUGUGAUUACAAAAUGUAUUACAAAUACUAUUCAAUUUGAAAGAAAUAGGAUUUAGCAGGGUGGUUCAUCCGGUCUAGUUUUGGGUGAGUGUGAAUUUACUGCCCAUCAAUUUUAUAAAUCAGAUGAAACCGUGACACUUCGAAGACUGAAAUUAAAUUGUAGUUUACUGCUUCAUUCGGUUUCAAAUCAUGAUCUGCUGGUGCUUUACGUUUGGUUUGUUUAGUAUCAAUAUUUGACCGUGUUGAAGUAAAAUAUAAGCAAUUGUAUUCAUGGUUAGUAAAACUUAAAAUUUUGUUUUUCAU